AUGUCAUCUGUUUCAUCACUGUUAUCGAUGGCUAUCAUACCAUUGCCAGUUCUUACUUCAGCUGAUACAACAACUUUAGUUGGUAUCACGACCGACAUCACAGUAGGUAUAGGUGUAGCAACAGCGAGCAUUAGUACAGAAACAGUAGCAUCACCACAAACUACUGCUGUCAUUGAUCGUGACAAAAUAAAUCUCGAGUCACAUCAACUGGUUUGGUUGGAUGCCAAUGUUAAUAUUACUGAACACACAACGAUGGUGACUCCUAAAGGUUUACGUAACAUUCAUUAG